AAAGCGUUGAACCGAAAGAGUGAGUAGCUUCAUCUUUCAUCUCCACUAUAAUUUAUAUUCCAUUGUCGUUACCUUUUGGUGUUUUGCCGACUGUUACCUGUAAAGGAGUUAAGGAUCCAUGUCCAAAACUGCCGACUUUCUCUCUCUACUUCCUCUAAUUCAGAAACUCCAACUACCCCUCUUUUGAUUUGGCUUUCUCUCUCGAUCUAGUGAAGAAACCGACUUGAGCAAGGAGUAAAAAAAAGAGCGCGACUUUUCAGCCAUGGAAGCCAUAAGAAAGCAAGCGGCAAAGCUCAGAGAGCAAGUUGCUAGGCAACAGCAAGCGGUGUUGAAGCAUUUAGGGCAUGUUAACGCGGAUGCUGUGGUUGUUGACGAAGAAGAGCUUCAUUGUCAUCAGAAACUCCAAGAACUAUACAGCUCUACCAAGGCUGCAAAGCGUUUGCAAAGGAACAUUGUUCGUGGGCUAGAAGGGUUCAUUGCGACAGGCACGAAAGUUGUAGAGAUAGGGUUGAAGUUUGCUGAAGAUUGUAAGAAAUAUGGAGAUGAGAAUCCCGAUGCUAACACUCCUCUCUCAAGAGUUGCACAUCACUUUGGGACCUCUUACAAGUCUGUGGAAGAUGGCAGGGAAACUCUACUUGGAGUUCUUAGUGAGCAGGUUUGUGAGCCAAUUCGUACAAUGAUAUAUAGUGCGCCUUUGGAGGAUGCAAGGCAUUUAGUGAAUCAUUACGACAGGUUGAGACAAGAAGUCGAAGCACAGGCGACUGAUGUACUGAGGAGAAGAUCAAAGUUGAAGGAAUCUGAUGUUUCUGAAGAGGCUUACAUGAAGCUUAAGAACUCUGAGUCCAGAUUGGCUGACCUCAAAUCAAGCAUGAAAACCCUCGGCAAAGAAGCUACUAAGGCUAUGUUAGAAGUGGACAAUCAGCAGCAGAGCGUAACUUAUCAGCGCCUCCGUACCCUGGUUGAAGCUGAGAUAUCAUAUCAUCGCAAUGCUCUUGAUAUCCUUGAUAAGCUACAUUCUGAGAUGAUUGCUGGGGAAGAAGCUAUAGAAUCAUCACCAAAGUCUCUACCUCUACCUUUACAUUUGGAGGAUAUUGUUUCACAUCCCCAAGCCAGUCACAGUGGAGAGAUCAAAUCAAACCACCAAGGAGAAACCAAGCAUACUACUCCCCAUGAAGAAGUAACCAAACCCAAUCCAAAGGAAGACAUGGAGUCUAGUCCCGAAGUAGAAAUUAAAUCCAAACCUCAGAAAGAAAUCAAGUCUUCUAGUCCACAGGAAGAUACCAAAACCUCCAAUGGAUCUGAUGAUCAUCACAGUCAUCAGCAACUUCUCAGUCAAAAUGAUUCCUACUUUCUUGCAAAGGUUGUGCACCCGUUUGAUGCUCAAGCGCCAGGAGAACUGAGUCUAGCGGUUGAUGAUUAUGUCAUCGUGCGACAGGUGGCUGGGACAGGGUGGUCGGAAGGAGAAUACAAGGGGAAAGCUGGAUGGUUUCCGUCGGCGUACGUGGAGAAACAAGAGAAAGCUCCUGCGAGCAAGAUUGUGGAAGCAAACCUUAACCAGCAAUGAUCUCACCCUCUAUAAUGUAUGAUAUGUUUGAUGUUUCCACGAGUACAUACGUAUGAUCAUUAUGUGUGUUGUUUCUUCCUUGUUUAUGUAUCAUCAUAAGUUUUACUACUCUUCAAGUCGUUUUCUCCUAUCUUAACGUUUGUUUGAUGGGUUCUCUGUUUCUUCUGUAAUAUUUACUCUGAAAAUGAUAAUAUGAUAUCUUCUUCCUUUU